CCCAAACUCCACCAACACACACAAAAACCCGUCAACAUGGAGAACGAACGCGGCGAGCUCGUCGACCUCUACGUCCCCCGCAAGUGCAGCGCAACCAACCGCAUCAUCAAAGCCAAAGACCACGCUUCCGUGCAAAUCUCCGUCGGCAAAGUCGACGAGAACGGCCGCUACACCGGCGAGAACCAGGUCUACGCCCUCUCUGGGUUCGUGCGCGCCAUGGGCGAGAGCGACGAUUCGAUCAACCGAUUGGCGCAGAGGGAUGGGUUCUUGAAGGGGGUUUGGAGUGGGAGCCGAUAAGCGGGUCGUCAUGAGGAGGAAUGGGAAGGUGGGAGAGGGAGGGAGGGAUGCGAUGGAAGGAUGAGAUGGUGAGGAUACCACCUGCCUGAUUUCAAGAGAUGUGGGUGUGGAUGGGAUGGAAUGGGAUGUCAUGGCUGAUGAGAGGAUUGUCGAAUGCAGAUUCUCGUUCAGCAAGUCCUUUCAUACGGAACAUACCGGACAACAUACUCGACGCCUUUCUGCUCUCCUC